AUGAUGUCCGCAGAAGUACCGAGAUUCGCAGAACACUCCGUUUACCUGACCGUUCGAGAUGCACGCGGUACCCUCACACCGAAUCACACCCAGCAGGUGACGCUCAUCGUAGCAGCUUGCUACAUUGUUGCGAUUGGCAUCCUAUGGCAUGUCCCGUACUUGUCGUUGAUAAUUUAUCCGUUUAAGUUACUGACUGUAGGAUUCCAUGAGAUGAGCCAUGCGAUCAUGGGCGUCCUUACCUGCGCGCAUAUACACUCGAUCGAACUAGACCCGGACGAGGGCGGCGCGACGCGCAUGUCCGGCGGGAUACCCUGGAUCACCCUCCCUGCAGGCUACCUUGGCUCGUCGCUCAUUGGCGCGGCGCUCAUAACCUGCGGCUUCGACACGAACGCGAGCAAAAUCGCAUCGCUCGUCCUUGCGGGGUUCUUCCUCUUUACCCUAUGGUGGGCGCGCAGGGAGUGGCUGACGUGGAUAUUGAUCCUUGGCAUGUCUGGCCUGAUUGUUUUGUUCUGGUUCGUCAAGGGUGGGGUUGCGCUCCGGUACUUCAUCCUGUUCAUAGGUGUCAUGUCGUGCAUGUAUGUCCUGUGGGACGUCAUAGAUGAUACAAUCGCACGGAAAGUGAAUAGCUCCGACGCUUCCGCGUUCGCGGACAUUUGCGGAUGUUGUCCAUCACAAGUUUGGGGCGUCGUCUGGCUGAUCAUUGCGGGCUGUUUCUUCGCAGCGGGUAUCAUCGUAGGUAUAGUCGUGUUUAAGGAGUCUGCCGCGCAGCAAGCAUCGGACGCGAAACACUUCCUGCCCGUCCCAGGGUCAUCCGGUGCUGCCCCAAGUGCCUCCUGCACAUCAUUCUGGACACUGUUCUUGUCUGUGGCAUCUGCCUUCUUGAUUAUUCUGUGGUAG